AUGCGCAAGCGCUUCCACUGGCUCAAGAAGCCCAAAAUCCGGGCCGACUGGUCCAAGGAAAACCUCUACAACCUCGCCCGCGCAACCAUUCCGAACGUUGCCAGCAAGACCUUCUUCCAGCAGAAAUGGAACGCCAAGGCCUUGACCCGUGCCUACCACGGUGAGCAGAUCCGCGAGAAGCAAUGGCAACGCAUGUUCCGCCGCAGCCUGCCUGCCGUCGUGUCCAUGGACCACAAGUAUCUCGCCCGCACCGACGGCAGCGAACAAGCAACCGGCCGCGGCGCCGGCGAGGACGAUCCGGACGACAUUGCCGCCCGCCGCACCCCGCAGAUGACUCCUUACAUGCAAAUGACCUUCUACCCCAUCGAGCGCCGCCUGGACACGGCUAUCUGGCGUGCUCUGUUCGCCACGAGUGCUCGCCAGGCUCGCCAGUUUGUUGUGCAUGGCUGGGUCAAGGUCAACGGCAAGAGGAUGAUCUACCCCGGCUACAUGCUGAACCCCGGUGACAUGUUCCAAGUUGACCCAGAGCGUGUCAUGUGGGCCACCGGUGCGCGCAAGGACGAGAAGCGCCAAGUCAUCAACGUGAAUAGGAACCCGACCGAAAAGGCUGCCUCGAAAGACGGCCCCAAGGACGACGCACUUCCGACCGAAACGGACGCGGAAACGGAAACGGAUGUCAAGGCCGAGGCCGAGCCAAAGACUAAGGAUGCCAGCACCGAGGACGUCAAGAAGACCCUGAAGUCCUUGAUGGAGCGGACGGAAGCCAUGAUGGACGACACCAAGGAGAUCUCGGUGAAGCGCAAGCAAGAUCUUCGCGGUUUCCGUGCCGCUCUUCGUAAGAUGCUUUCCCGCGCCAAUGGACUUUCGACCUCCGCCACCGAUGACCUCGAGGCUCGCCUGGCUGUCAUCUCCAGCAAGCUAGCCAAGCCUUCUAAGAAGGUGAAGGAGCUGCCCCCCGAUGAGUUCUCCGAGGAGCAGGAGGAGUUGCUGCAAGAAGCUCUCGAGAAGAUGCGCGAGAACCCCUUCGACCCAAGCAAGCCCUAUCUCACUCCCUGGAGGCCUCGCGCCUUUAUGUCGGCUUUCGCCUUCAUCCCUCGCUACCUCGAGGUGAACCAGAACAUCUGUGCUGCCGUAUACCUCAGGCACCCGGUGGCAAGACCGGGUUUGGCCGAGGUCCCCAGUCCCUUCCACUACGAGACCAACCAGCUAGCUUUCAACUGGUACUUGAGGAGACGGUAA